AUGUACUCGUGUCGCGAUUUUUUUUCGGGUGGGACCCAUCGGUUGGUGCAGGACCUGAGCGCCUACGCCUUCUGCGACGCCCAUUGCCACCUGGACAUCCGGCUCCAGAACUUGAAGAACGGCAGCGUGCGGUGGGGCGGCAAGGAGCGGCUUUGCAAGAAUUGGGUGGCGGGCAACUGCUGGUGGGGCUCCAACUGCCAGUUCGCUCACGGCGAGCAUGAGGUGCAAAGCCGGCAGGGCCUGAGCCGGGAGCUGGUGGAGCCCUACUUGCUGCAGCUCUGCGGUGCGCAGGAGCAUCAGCCGAAGCUGAAGUGGCUCGUCACCAACUGCUGUGAGCUGGAUGCGAUCGAGGAUACAAAGCUGAUCAUCGAAUGUGCAGACAGACUUGGCCUGGACUCGGUGUACUGCACCGUGGGGUGCCACCCCCACGACUACCGCGCCUUCAGCCCGGAGGCAGACCGAGAGCUGCGGCAAAUGAUCCGCAGCCUGGGCCGGCGCCUGGUGGCGGUGGGGGAGUGCGGCCUGGACUACUGGAAGAACUACGACGAGAGCCUGGACAGCCCGGAGCGGGACCGCAUGCUGAAAGUCUUCGAGCUCCAGGUCCGCGUGGCCGUGGACUUCGCCCUGCCGCUGGUGGUCCACGCCCGGGACGCCGACGCCGAUACCCUGCAGGUGCUGCGGCAGUACCUGCCCAAGGCGCACAAAGUUUACAUCCACGCCUUCCAAGGCAGUGUGAACUUCCUGUUGGACUGCCUCGUGGAGUUCCCCAACUCCAUCUUCGGCGUCUCCAGCAUGGUGUGGUGCUCGGACGGCGCCAAGGCGGUGGCUGAGAAGUGCCCCUUGGAACGGAUGGUCCUGGAGACGGACGCGCCCUACUUGGCCUCGGAGCCCUCGGAGAUCCCGAAGCUCGCUGAGAAGGUGGCUGAAAUGAAAUCCGUGAGCACGGCAGAGGUGCUGGAGACCACGUUGCGGGUGUCGAAGCAAUUCUACUGCUUUGAGUGA